AUGCUCUUCCCAAUUCCAACUUCACUGGUUAUCGCGCUGUUCUCUCUUGUCGCCCGCGCUGAUAUCGAUAUCACUGGCCCACUUCCCUUCGGAACAUCUACCGAUCCGUGGAAAGCCAGACAAGUGCCCGAGACUACGAUACCCGUACCCCCGUCCUUCUCUCCCAGGGGCUUUCCGUCAGCUAGGGAUGUCGAUGCCGUGACAAGCGCAACUGCUGAGUCGGCCAAGAAGACCUCAAGCACCAAGACAAAGACAGUGACAGACAAUGAUACCGAGACGACUAUUACCAGCACGACCGUGAUCAACGGGCAGACUAGUGUCAUUGUGACCACCAAGAGUUCAAGUCGGGGAGCUGUAUCCUUCAAUGUGGAUCACGUACUUGUCCCUGCCGCCUUUGCGGUUGUUGGCCUGAUCGUCGGCGCCUCGGCCGUCUUCUGA